AUGGUUGCUACCAAUGUGCAUAUUGGAGCAGCAUUCCUUGUCCAGGUCGCCACUGGAACCCUGGGAAAUUUAUUUCUCUUAAGUCAGUAUUUAUUUCAUUACUUCAGUGGAUGCCGGUCAAGGGCCACAGAUCUGAUCCUUAGGCACCUGACAGUGGCCAAUCUCUUGGUGAUUCUCUCCAGAGGAAUCCCAGAGACCAUGGCAGCUUUUGGGUUUGAAGACUUCCUCAGCGAUCUUGGAUGUAAACUCGUCUUCUACGUGCACAGGGUGGGCAGAGGUGUGUCUAUGAGCAGCACCUGCCUCUUGAGUGUCUUCCAAGCCACCACCAUCAGUCCCAGGAGCUCCAAGUGGACAGAGCUUAAUGUAGAAGCUAAGAAAUACACGAGCAUCUCCACUGUCCUGUGCUGGCUCCUGCACAUGCUGCUGAAUGUCACUUUUCCUGCCACUGUGACUGCCAAGUGGAGAAACAAAAACGUUACAAGUAAAUUAGACUUUGCAUACUGUUCUGGGCCAGGGUAUGAGAAAGUUUUGUACUCCAUAACCACCGCGCUGUUCUCCAUCAGUGAUACUUUGUGUAUGGGGCUCAUGAUCUGCACCAGCAGCUCCAUGGUUUCCACACUAUACAAGCACAAGAAGCAGGUCCAGCACAUCUACAAGCUCAAUGUUGGCUCCAGGUCCUCUCCUGUGACCAGAGCCACCGACGGCAUCCUUGUCCUGGUGUGCACAUAUGUACAUUUUUACACCAUCAGCUGCAUCAUCCAGGUGUAUCUGGCUGUGUUUCAGCAUCCCAGCACCUUAUUACUAACCACUGCUGCCUUGAUUAAUACAUGUUUUCCAACACUUUGUCCCUUUGUGCUCAUGAGCCAUGACCACAGUCUGUCCAAAAUCUUUCGUUUCUAUUGUAGAAGGAACACAGUCAUCUAA